CGUCAGUGGCGUGUUUACUAGAACAUUAGCAUGUUAGCAGCCAGUUGUUAUCAGACGGUCAGACCGUGUUUCCGUCUCUAACCGUAAAACAGGACAAUCAUCAAAACAUGAAGCGAAAACAAGAUGGCAACCAGAGAAGAUCAACCGAAAGACAGAGAGGAGGAGGAGAGAGAGGAAGAGCAGAAGGAGAGGAGGAGGAGGAGGAGGAGGAGGAGAAGGAGGAGAGACUCUCAGAGGUAGAGGCCGCAGAUUACCCAGAAUACAAUGAGGGCAGAUCCUUGGCGCUGGAUGUAAAAGUGGAGGAUGGUGGUGAUGAAGGAAGCAGACAGGAUCCCUCCUCCAGUUCUCUGGCCGACGGCUCGGUGAAGAAGUCGUCUUCCCCGAGCAGCAGAAAACGAGGAGCAAGUGGCGAGCUGACGGCUGACGUGGUUAAAGAGAAGAAAGAACAUCGGUGUGGCGAGUGUCUGAAGAGCUUCGACCGGCCGUGUCGUCUGCAGGUCCAUCAGAGGACGCACACAGGCGAGCGGCCGUUUGAAUGCUCACACUGUCACAAACGUUUUCAGAGUAAAUCCAUCCUGUCGGCUCACCUGAAGACACACGGCGGCGAGCGCCCGUUCUGCUGCCAUGAGUGCGGGAAGUGUUUCGUGCACAGGCGGGCGCUGGUGGAGCACGCCAGGACGCACACGGGCGAGAGGCCCUUCAGCUGUCAGCACUGCAGUCUGAGCUUCCUCGCUAAGAGCCACCUACAGCGCCACCUGUUGACCCACACGGAUGAGCGCUGCCAUCAGUGCGUGGAAUGCGGGAAGUGCUACAAGAGGAAGGAGCACCUGAGCAGCCACAUGCGAGUGCACAGCGGCGAGCGUCCGUUCAGCUGCAGGCUCUGCGGACGCAGCUACAGAGAGCGAGGGCGACUGCGGCUGCACCUGCGCACGCACACGGGAGACAGUAAACGCCACGCCUGCUCGCUCUGCGGCCUGCGCCUGGUGUCGGCCAACCACCUGCAGAGACACAUGCAGACGCACGGUGGCGAGCGGCUGCACGGCUGCCCUGACUGCAGCAAACACUUCAGCAGGAAGGACAAGAUGAGGGAACACAUGAGGAUCCACACCGGAGAGACACCGUACCACUGCUCCCACUGCUCGCUACGCUUCAGGUGGAGGGCGGCGUUCAACGCUCACUUCAACACACACACAGCAAGUGACCAGGCGCUCUGAUUGGACGGCAGCAUUAAUCAGCACUUCAUCACACAUUAGACACGCCCACACGUCCCAGGACAGAGAGAACCGCUGACCUUGCCAUCACAUUAGCGUGCUAUAACGUUAGCAGGCUAUAAUGUUAGCAGGCUGUCACGUUAGCAGGCUGUCAUGUUAACUAGCUGUCACGUUAGCAGGCUGUCACGUUAGCGGGCUGUCACGUUAGCUGGCUGUCACGUUAGCUAGCUGUCACGUUAGCUAGCUGUCACGUUAGCAGGCUACCACGUUAGCAGGCUGUCAAGUUAGCAGGCUGUCAAGUUAGCAGGCUAUAAUGUUUGCAGGCUAUAAUGUUAGCUAGCUGUCAUGUUAGCAGGCUACCACGUUAGCAGGCUACCACGUUAGCGGGCUGUCACAUUAGCGGGCUGUCACGUUAGCGGGCUGUCACGUUAGCUGGCUGUCACGUUAGCAGGAUGUCACGUUAGCGGGCUGUCACGUUAGCAGGCUAUAACGUUAGCAGGCUGUCUCGUUAGCUGGCUGUCUCGUUAGCUGGCUGUCACGUUAGCAGGCUAUAACAUUAGCAGGCUGUCAUGUUAGCUGGCUAUAACGUUAGCAGGCUGUCAUGUUAGCUGGCUAUAAUGUUAGCUAGCUGUCACGUUAGCGGGCUGUCACGUUAGCUGGCUGUCACGUUAGCUGGCUGUCACGUUAGCGGGCUGUAAACAGACACUACACUAAACAGGAAGUUGAUGUUUAUCAUCACUUUGAUGUCCAUCUGGUUCUUUCUCUCCGAAGAUCAGAAACACAUUCUGCCGUCAUCCCAUUCAUUCGUUCAUAGAGACACAAAGAUAACUCAGAUAUUCAUCUUUACUCGCCUCUCGGUUACUGGGAGUAAGUUAGUUUUUCCCAAUGUGGAGAACGCCAUCGAUGGGCUUCAGAACGCCUCCUCUGGAAUCAAUGGGAGACGAUGUCGAUGAUUAAUAAGAUCUGUGGUUAAACCUGAGACUAAACAACAACAUGUUCCCGUCUGACUCACUGACACAUCAUGAACCCACAGAUCCUCUAAAGCCAUUCAACCCAUCUGUCCUGCAGGCCUACUCUCCAACAGGAAGUGAUGACCGUCAUGGUCGACCUUUGUGUGGCGAGAAACAAACGUGUGGGGUCAAAAUGAGACAGAAUAAACGUAAUAAAAACUCUGAGCUCGUCUGAAUGGAAAUGAGAAGUUAUGUUGU